AUGGAGUUUCGCGGGUUUCAGGAAUACAGACCAAACGCUUCCCGUUACAACGGUCGGAUAUCUGAGGAGGAAUGGAACAAACACAAACCAAAACUCCGCGAAUUGCACGAGGCCAAACUUACUAGGCAGCAGAUCCUAGAUAUCAUUUCGAAGGAUUUUGGUGAUACCAAGCCGACUUAUGGCCAGUUAUGCACAAAAUUCGACAAGUGGGGAUUUCAUGUCUAUCGCCAGAAUGAAAGAAAGGAAACCGCGACCACUGGAAAGAAAGCUCAAAGAAAAAACGUCAAGAAAGAUCCUGUGCCGACCUCAGUCGUGGAUCAUGCCGACCACAAUAUCCAGCAAGCACUCUCACCUGAAAGCACCAGCGAUGGCAGCACAGUUGUGCCAGAUUUCAAUGCUCUCGACCUGAGUGACAAAGCUACUCCCAGAACCAUAGCCGAUAUUCAGGGAACACCCAGAAGUCAAUACCUAGAGCCAUCACCAAACUUCUCCGACUCAACACCUCGAGCACAUCACGCGCGACACUUGAGCGACCAAGAUUCAACCCCAUUAGGCACAAUCUAUGAGCCAGAUCCCACUUACGCUUACGACGAUCUAGUCUAUGACACCAAUCAGAACACACAGCCAACCCAACCAUGGUCGACUUCAUUACCUAGCACGUCCGCUUCUACAUUGCAUGGAAACCGAUCAUCUAUUUCUGAUACACACUCGAGCAGGACCUCGUUGUAUCACACCACUUCUGAACUCAACAACGUCGAGCCGGACGACCCUCCUACCAUCGCAGCUCGGACUCGCAAAGCAGAUGAGGCGCUGGACGCUGUACAUUUGUACCUGAAAUCAAUUGGCCAGAACCAGAACCAUGAGGAUCUCAUCGAGAUGGUCAGUCUCGCUGCAUACCCAUUUGCCACUCGAUCUUACUCCUCGGCUUUUCGGAUAUAUCAUAAAAUCUAUGAUAUUAUGUCGCAAGAUAUGGGAUGUGAUGACAUCUCGAAACUGGGCGUGCUGAUGAAAUGCUACCAGUCUGCUGUUGAACCACAAGAUCUGGAUUUUAUGCAAAGAGAAUUACAUCAAGUGCUUACAUGGCACUUCGACGAUGCUUCGCUUGGUGCAUUCGCAGCUCAGAUGCUAUCAAGUGUCGAGAUACAGAUCAGCGAAGGGUUCAACCUGGCCCAAGGAUCGUUGGUGUCGACGUCUUCGAUCACACGCAAUCUGAGCCACUUGAUGGUCAAGGGCACUAGCUCUGAAUAUCCAGGAACCAAACGACUUUAUUGGAGGCUAAGAUUGCUAAAGCACUCGCCCUUUCAUUCAGGCUGUCCACGCUUGCUUCGGCUCAUGUCGGAGCUGCUGUCAUGGGCAUGGGCAGCAAUGGCCGUGCUUAAAUUUCCAGAUGCUGCAGUUCCAUCGACGGCCUGUUUGUGCAAGGACGGCGUGUAUUUUGACUUUGUCCGUAUGGUCACGACAGUCACAUUGGAAGCAGCUACAGGUUUUGAGAUAUCACAAUUGAUCAAGGUUCCAGCUCUGAAGCAGACGCCAUGUGCUUGUGUGAUGUGCGGAGAUCUCGAGACGACAUUCGCAAUAUGUCCCAUCGAAACGUUUACAGCAAUCGCACUGCUGACCGUCGAUCGAUGUCGGCUAGAUUGGACGUCUUGUCAUCCCGGCGGGCGCCAUCAGGAGCUCACACCGAAAAUGAUCCUUCACCAACAGCUUUUGCCCACAGUUGAGUUGCUACUCGACCAAGUCGCAGCCGACAUUCGCUCUCAGACUACAAUACACACUUCUGAUCUCUACGAUGACUUUCUUUCUUGCCUCUGGUCUUGCUUCGAAACUCACGAUCUACCUCUGAAGAAUGCCCGAUUUGAUGCUUCGGAACAAAAAGUCGAGGACAUGAUGACAACGCUGAUCACCGAAGAGCUCAACAAGACCCAUCCUGCCAGAAACAGCACCCUCGAAGAUCCUGCUAGUGGAAAGAUGCCAGUCUUCACCUACGGAGAAGCCAACGACGAGCUAGCAAACAAGAUCACAGCCAAGCGCACGAGAUCGAAUGCCUCAGCACUUACCAAGUCCUCGUCUAACGCAUCAGAGCGCAGUAUGAUCCGCAUCAGAAAGAAGCUCAAAUUUCGCACUAGUGCAGACUACCUUAACAGCAUGUCAUCCUAUUCUUCGCUUUCUUCUAGGAAUAGCAUGAAUCGAUUCAGCUAUGUCACUGGACUUCCGGAACUUGAGACAGUAAUGGACGAUGGAGAACUGCAAGCACUGCCGCCGGACCUGACGCCUGAUGAGUUUCGUACUAUGCAGCGACACGAUAGCUGGACCAGACGAAGUGAUCAUUUUAGUUGGGUGCCUAGUCGUCCGGGAAGUACAGUGGGGAGAGGCAGUUGGAGGGAAAGCAAUGGUCAAUAUACAUCACGACGAGGAAGUGAGAAUCCAGGUAGUGCUAUGGCUGCGCCUAGCUCGAGGCCAGGUAGUGUGACCUUAGAUCGAAGGACGAGUCAGAAAGGAUAUGGUCCACGAGAGCAAGCUAUGCAGAAUUCAAUGGUACAAGCGGAACACAUGCGACAGAGUCAGCAUUCGCAGAAUCAGAACCAGGCUGUAUAUCAACAGAACCACCAAACACCUCAAUCGCAACCUCAGCUAUAUCCUCAACCUGUAUCACAGCAGAGUUACUACCAACGUACCAUGUCGUCCCAACCACAGUCGCAACCACAACAAUUCCCACCUCACAACAUGCCACCUCCACAACCUCAGCCUGAGCCACAAUACCAGCACUCGUACCAAGCUCAGCCUGUCCAACAAGUUCAACAGCAAUACAAUCAGUCACAGUCGGCGAACUCGAGCUCGUCGUCGUUGCAGAAUCAGGUGGAUAAUGUCGUCCUGGGUAAUAAGCCGCAGAGACGGGAUUCGAAUAAGACUACGAAAUCGAAGGAGUCGCAGAAGGGACGGUGGUCGAGUGAGAGGAAGAGGGUUGAUGGUAUUCUGAGUGCGUUGCAGUAG